AUCGUGACAUCACCCGGCCUUGUCCCGGAAAUAGAGAAACGUCAACAAUCCUCUCGGCAGGGCCGUGUCAAGAGUAGCCAAGCAGCGAGGUAUAUUUUGGAUACUGUAUUAGUGUGUAGCAUCGCAGCGAUGUCGAUGUUCGGUAAGAUAUUUGGCGGAGGAGGCAAAGGAAACAGGGGACCGAACCCCCAGGAGGCGAUCAUGAAACUCCGUGAAACCGAGGAUAUGCUAACUAAGAAGCAGGAUUAUUUGGAGAAAAAGAUUGAGCAAGAGCUGCAAACAGCCAAGAAAAACGGCACCAAAAAUAAAAGAGCUGCUCUGCAGGCUUUGAAAAGAAAGAAGCGCUACGAGAACCAGCUAGGCCAGAUCGAUGGCACGUUGUCCACCAUCGAGUUCCAGAGAGAAGCUCUGGAGAAUGCCAACACCAACACUGAAGUGUUGAAGAACAUGGGCUUUGCUGCCAAGGCCAUGAAGUCCGCCCAUGAAAACAUGGACAUUGACAAGGUGGAUGACCUGAUGCAGGACAUAACAGAGCAGCAGGAGUUGGCCCAAGAAAUCUCUGAUGCCAUCUCGAAACCCGUCGGCUUUGGAGAAGAUCUGGAUGAGGAUGAACUUCUUGCUGAGCUGGAGGAGCUAGAACAAGAAGAGCUGGAUAAUAAUUUGCUGGACGUCGAAUCAGAGGAUGUCACUCUUCCCAAUGUGCCUUCCACUUCAUUACCUACCAGACCCGCGGCAAAGAAAGAGGACGAAGAGGACGAUAUGGGCGACCUGAAGCGCUGGGGGAUGGAAGCCAUAUAAACACAUCAUACGACACAUCAUGCUAAACUGUAUCAAAGAUGAAGCUGAAAAGAGGAAGGCAUGAAUGGACUGAUAAGAUGUUGUGUGUUUGUUUGUGUUGGAAGAAAUCGCCUGAACUCAAUUUAACACUCCCUCCUCUUUCCCCACCCCUUCGAAAAAAAGCUGAUAUUGUUGUCUUUCUUUAAUCGAGUCUCAGAAUGUCCUCAAUUUUCUCAUUUCAAGGCUUGUCAACAGUGGCUCUGUCAUACAGCAAAGUCACAAAUAUUUUAUGAGAACCUGACACUGAGGGUUCAUGUCAGUGUGACAUUGUGACAUGACUCACAUAAACUGUCUAGCCCCCUUUUUCUUGUAAUUUUCAUGGCUUGUGUAAGAGAUGCUGCAGGGUAAAGUUAUGAUCUCUGUUGAAUUCAAAUCCCAUGUGUCGUCCCAAAUUGUGUGCUUUGUCUUAAAGAAAAUGACCUCACCCUAAAAAUAAUACCCUCCACCCACCUACUCAUCAGUGGUUAGUUAUUUGCUGUAAACAUGUCUCUUUUUCUACUAAGAAACUUUUUUGUUGUCACUGACAGCCUCUGUUUCAGCUAAAGGGGUGGGGUGUGCAACAAAACAAAAAUGAGCUGUCAGCAAACACAAAAUAUGACAAGAAGGGGAACAAGUUGAGAGCAUUUCAACACUCAUUCUGAUUCUGUGUUUCUCCCUAUUAAGGUCCAUGUUUCAAAUGUUAUGUUAGAAUAAAUAGCAACUAUGGUCACUGUU